AACAUACGAAGCAGAAGGGGAGAUAAUAUCAUAAUAUCAUAUGAUAUCACAAGAUUCCCGAAUGAAUAACCCCACCGAAGCGCUAUGAUAACAGGGUUAAUACAGUGAUUACGAUUACCAUAGGUUAACUCGCACCAACCAGAAGAAGUUGAAGGAAAUACUUAACCGCCACACACCCCCGCUGCACAGGGCAGUUAUCACGCAGGAGCGAAGCAGAGGGACAGACACACAGAGUCCCCGUCCUUCACCAACAGAAGGAAUGCAUUCCGCCAGUGCCCGUCCGUCAACGCCUACUCCACUACCGGGAGCCAGGCGCACUACGUCGUCACUAUCCUCACAACUAGCCGCCUCACUUCCACCAUCUCACCCAGCAAUAGCUCCCCCCGCCUCCGCUGCCCACGCCGACAAGAAGCUCUUGGAGAGCCAAACCAACCGGAUGACCACAGCGGCGGUGGCAGGAACAGCUUCUGCACCCUUUACUCCUAGACGAUUAAAUUUUCCUGGACGAUUAUCCCUGCAGAUGCCCUCCCGUGGGCCUUUAUCUCCGGUCUUGGACCCUGCGCUUGGUUACUCGGUUGCGAGGAGGCCUAGGCUUGACUUUGCUCGGGCUUGUACCUCCCUCCACCAUUCCACCCUCGCCGAGCAACCGUCUCCAGACUCCUCACCACUUAACCACACCUGCUUCCCAAUCCCACGGAACAAUAGCAAUCACAACAAAGGCUCCGACUCACCCAUAGCAAGCCAUCAUGGUGGCCAUCAUUCCUCGUCCCAUGCGUCAUCGUUGGGGUCUACCUGCAUGCUGGACUACGCACCUAGCGUCGACGGCAGUGGUUCCUCAUCCGACGAGGAUUUGGACGUCGAUCUAGACUUUGAAUUCAACACGCCUACCACGCCUGCCAUGUCGAAUAACGAAUCUGCCGCCUCUAUUUCCUUGAGGAAUCACCAGAAGGCGAGGUUGGGUGCUCGUGGUAGGAGUAGACAUAGCUCGAAUUCCUCUGCUAGCGCUAGUAAUAGUAGUUUGGCGAGCCCCUCACCCACCACCCCGCCAGUGCAGCUGGGGAGUGCGUUUACGGGAGGAUAUUUUGGGAGGCCGCAGGGGGAGGGGGGGGGCAGGAGGAAGGAGAGUCUUAGUCAGGUUCUGAGGAGUUCUUUCAAGAUUGGGAAACCGGGCGGUGGGGGAGGCGGGGGUGGAAGUAUGGGGCUUUUUGGCGGGACCGCGAGUGAGGACGAGAAGGAUAGACCGGACCCUAUUAGGAGGCCAGUGUCCAGGCGUGGAUCUUUACUGCCCAAGACAAAGAAUUUCCAACGCAUCAAAGCUGCACUCAUCGAAGAAGCUUCGCCACUCGAUAUGGAAGUGAAGAGGGAAGCUGAAAUAACUCGUCAAAUUCGUGACGAAGAAGACAAUUCGCCUCCCCCGGGCCCUGCAAAUACUCAAGAUGCAGAAUUAUCCGACAUCCGUGAGGAAGACGAAGGCAUGAGUUAUGGAGACAGCAAUAAAGGGAUUGGUAUCAGCUUCUCCAAGCAAGCCCAAAGACACGGAGGCUUCUGGUUCGGAGACCAAAUGGAGGGACUGGGUGGCAGCCCUCCUACAUUCCCUGGUCUCAGAAUGUCCACUGACGGCGACAUAAUGAUGAAUUCCGAAUCCGUCGUAAACUCACCCGUCGCCAACAUGCCAGCAGAAAUGCGCCGGGCAAAGCGUAGGAGAACCCAAGAUGAGCGUUUUGAGCCCAAUGUUUUCAAAAGAAGGGCCGUGUCACCGGGCCUCUCUGGCAGUCCCAUACUCGCGGCGUCUCCGCCCCUUGGCGGAGGAGGUGGGGGAAAGAGGUUGAACUUUCAGGGCAUGAGUGAUACCCACGAUGCAAUUAUGAAGAUGAGUCUUCAGUAGGACGAUUCAUGAAUUUCCCAUUUCUCCUAUCAUAGCCUCUCUAUGUCUCUAUUCAGCGUAGCAUCAGCCAGCCUGUUUACUUACCUCUCAUGGGUUGGAUAGGAGAGAGUGUUCUUUUUUUUACCCCCUUGUUUGCUUGUUACUUCCCACUUCAUGUGUGUAGUCUUUUUUCCUCCCUUUUUUCCUUACAGUAAAUCACCACCGUUAGGGAUUGGGAGUUUUCUUCUUUUUUCCUUUUUUUCCCCCCCCUUUCUCUUCUCUCCAGUGCUUUUUCUCUCGGGAGAAUUUCAUGUCUUGUAUUCCUUAUUUUUUCCUCCCUCUUGAGUAGAUGCGUGGGUUAGGGUGGGACGGCGGAGUUUUCCUACUGGUAUUGCAUUAUAAUAACUUAUGCGGUACGAUGCGAUGCUGUCACGGUAGCAGCCGCUAUGUGUAACUCGGUAGAUGGGAGUCUUAUGAAAACAGAGAAAAUAUCGUACUGUACAUAAACUUGAACACCGUACUGUACCCGUCCAAUCGAAGUCACAAUUUUCAUCAAA